AUGUCAUCUCCUGAGUUCGACUCCGCAGCGUCGUUAUCCUCCUCUCCAUCCUCGCCAGUGGACCCUGUCACCAGUUAUGUUCCCACAGAUCCCACCCCAGCUUCCGGGUCUCCGCAUUCUUCUACUCCCUCCUCCACUGCUUCCUCGCCUGACUCAUUAGAAACAACUGGAGCCAUAGCAACUACUCAGCUGAUGGACUCUCAGGGAUCAACCCAGAAUGCUGAGACAACUAGACAUACUCUGCUAGAGUUUUUGCAGAAUGAACACCCAGAGACAGGGAAUAAUCAACAACACCAAGGGCCGUACGCUACUAGUACAGGGGGAAACAGUGCUACGAGCCUUGAGCGAAAGAGGAGGCUCACUAGCGCUAGUGAUAUCACCUGUUACGCUCGCCCGGGGGCUGGUAGAGCCCCGGCAGAUCCUGGCUCGUCAGGACCUCGACCUAGCCGCUCUGUCACUCAGUCGUGGGAACGUUCCAGUCCAGUACUGCCGGGAAGCUCGAGGGAGAAUGCGAUUGAUCUCUCAGGGUCUCAAGAGUCAGUCUCGCGGCAGCUGAGCUCGCUGCGGGAUCGAGAACAUAGCUUUGCAGAUUACGAGCUGCCCCGCUGGCAACCCGAUUCUGAAGCUUCGAAAUGCCCUAUCUGUGGUACCCAGUUCAGUUUUUGGUAUAGGAAACAUCACUGCAGGAAAUGCGGGCGUGUCGUUUGUGCUUCGUGUUCACCGCAUAGAAUCACCAUCCCACGCCAGUUCAUUGUUCGUCCGCCUGAAUCUGAUGGACAUCGUUCCACUCUUCUUCUGCCGAAUCCCUCUGAAGCUCAAGUUAUUAGCCUCAUUGAUAACGAUGAAGAGCGGUCGUCAGCAAAUGCCAAUACCCGUGGGCAGCAACGGCGACAACAACAAAGAGAUCGACACUCUCCGAAUUCAGCCUUGGGAGGCGGAGAAGAAGUCCGUUUAUGUAAUCCUUGCGUCCCUGAUCCAAACCCUGAGCCUCCUAGGCGCUAUACAAGCGCUGGCUCAUUGCUCUCAUCCUCCCUGACAUCCUGGCCGGGCGAUACGUCAGGCACUUCUCAUGUACACACACACCGUCAUUCUGCAUUGCCAGACUUCUAUCGUAACGGUGGUCCAUAUACACGUGGAACUAACCCAUUUCACCGACCGUCUGCUUCCCUAUCAUCGGCCGCCAAUACGCAGCUUUCUCAGGCAGCUCGCGAGCUCCGAAGACAGCGGAGUCGCGGCAUGAUUCAGGGCCCCCGGCAGCGUACCGGCCACUCCACAGCCCGCUCCAUGCCAUCACACCACCGUGGACCAUCAAACGACUUUCUCCAGAGCAUAAGCACCUCAUCGUCCAGCCGAAAUCGCCCCUUACCUCCUGGCCCGCCGCACCACCAUCGCCACCCGAUUGACGAGAACGACAUUUGUCCUAUCUGUGGCCGCCUCCUCCCACCCCGCGCGGCAGAUGGCAGCGAAGCCGCGCGAGAAGCCCACGUUCGUGAGUGUAUACAAGGACACGAGAUCGGACAUGGACACGGACACGGACACGGACAUGGGCAUCCCACUAACGGGCGUACCAGCCGCACCGGUCGUCGCACGUCACAGUCCAAUUCCAAUGGCAAUGAUCACAAUGACCGCCCCUUACGGAUGUUGCCCUUUACAGCUACGGAGAAAGAUUGUGUUGGCGAGGAGGGCGUGCAGCAGGAAUGUACGAUUUGCAUGGAGGAGUAUGAAGUCGGGGACCACCUAGCACGGUUGGAGUGUCUGUGUAAGUUCCAUAAGGAGUGUAUUGUGAACUGGUUGGAGAGGAAAAUGGAGUGCCCGGUUCAUAAGGCGAAUUGA